AUAAAAUGAUUAAAAACAGAAAAUUAAAUCUUGAAGAUACCAAUGUAGCUUUAAUUGGCACCGCAUUAGAUCACAAGGUUAAAUUAGAUGCCGCCCAAACCGAAAAACAAUGGCACGGUGUUGGUCAAAAAGAAGGUUUAACUAUUUGGAGAAUUGAAAACUUUAAAGUUGUCCCAGUCCCAAAAGAAACCUAUGGUAAAUUCUACGAUGGUGACAGUUAUAUUAUCUUACACACUUUUAAAGAAGGAAAUAGUUAUAAACACGAUAUUCAUUUCUUCUUAGGUCAAUUCACAACUACCGAUGAAGCUGGUACUGCUGCUUACAAGACCGUCGAAUUAGAUGAAUUCUUAGGUGGUGGCCCAGUUGAAUAUCGUGAAGUUCAAGGUUUCGAAAGCUCUCGUUUCCUCUCAUUAUUCCCACAAUACUUUAUUUUAAGAGGUGGUGUAGAAUCUGGCUUUAAUCAUGUCAAACCAACCGAAUACAAACCACGUUUAUUACACAUUUCAGGUGACCGUAGUGUUAAAGUUGAAGAAGUUGAUAUCAACUACAAAUCACUCAAUCAAGGCGAUUGUUUCAUCUUAGAUUGUGGUUUAACCUUAUAUCAAUUAAAUGGUAGCAAAUCAAGUGGUCAAGAAAAAAUUAAAGCUGCUGAAAUUGCUCGUGCCAUCGAUGGUGAAAGAAAAGGUUUACCAAAAGUUGAAGUCUUUGAAGAAGGUGAUAUCCCAGCCGAAUUUUGGAAUACUCUCGGCGGCAAAGGUCCAAUUGCAGCAAAAGCCGCUUCAGUUGCUGCUCCAAAAUACGAAAAAGCUGUUUACAAACUCUCUGAUGCUACUGGUAAAGUUGCCUUCACCCAAGUUGCCAAAGGUAGUGCUCCAAAAUCUGCUUUGAAAUCCGAAGAUGCUUUCAUCGUUGAUUUAGGUAGUGAAAUCUAUGCUUGGAUCGGCAGCAAAGCCUCAACCAAUGAAAAGAAACUUGCCUUCAGCUAUGCCACUCAAUACUUAAAGGACAAUAACAGAAAUCAAUACACUCCAGUCAUUCGUGUUCUUGAAACUGGUUCAAGCAAACACUUUGAAUCAUUAUUAAACUAA